AUGGCAUCAACUUCUCUCUGCUCUUCCUUUCUUUCUUAUCAUCCAUUUUUCACCACCUCGAAAUCGAAACUCGAACCAAGGAAGAGGGCAUGCACAAGAAUUUCAGCUGCAAGAAGUGAAGCACAUGAUCAAAAUUAUUACAGCGGCAGGCUAGUUGAUGAGAACAUGAUUGUUCUUAGGAAACGAAUUCAUGAGAUGAAGAUGGUGGAGAGGAACUAUGAGCCACCUUCUGAUUGGAUGGAAUGGGAGAAACGCUAUUUCACUAGCUACGAUUCAUUGAUAUGUGGAAUGAUGGGUUUCUUGCAAUCCCAGUUGAUGGAUACAAGGCCUAGCUUGGCCUUAGGGUUCAUUGCUUUGAUUAUUUUGAGUGUGCCCAUGUCAUCGGCUAUGGUGCUUUUCCAUUUCAUGGAGAUGUCUAAGAUGGCCUUGGGGGGCCUUCACGGCCUUAAUUAG